AGGUGGUGCGAUGCUGAAAUGGGAGGAGCUGACCCGGUGAAGUCGAACACGUGAAUUCUAUCAUCUCUGACUGCGAUGGGGCGAUAAUUAGAGACAAUAAUGGAAAGCAUUUAGAUCUAGGGGUGAAUUUCGACAUAAUGUUGCUUCGUAGGGAACAUGAAAUGUCAGUGACUUCACACUUCCACCAAAUAAGUACAAAAAUCAACACUUGUGAGCAACAGAAAACAAUCUUGACUAUAUAAUCUUUCACUGGCGAAAAAUAUAUCAUGGAGCUAUCAUUGCCCAACGGCGAUCACACACGUGCUGUAUUUGAAAAAGUUUGUUGACCUAAUUAUGAUAUUUCGCUUAUCUCUAAACUGGGUAGCGCAGAUACAGAGAGCGAAAUUACUUCUGCAGGAUCAGGAUUUGCGAAAUAAAGUUUGUUGACAUCAAUGGGCACUGUUUUUGGCCGGAUGAAACGAACUAUGUUACCAAAGAAAAUGUUUAUUUUUGCUGUGAAAAUCAUAUUUCUUGUUAGUUCAUGGAGUAGUGUAGAAGGCAGUGUAAAUGAACCACCAAUACAAAACCCAUUGCAGAGAGGUGACCAAGGCACAUGUCCAAACCAUUUUGCCCAAUUUUUCCAUCAAAUCUCGCAAAGGACUCGUUGGGCCGCAUCCCAGGAUGACUCUGCUGAUAUUGACCAUCCAGCCUGGCCUUCUUCACCAUUCCAACUGUUUGAAUUGAGUGAAUUAUUAAAAGGGCUGAAUGGAUCCGCAGAAGAGCAGCCUCAGCCAGAUCCAACACCAUCUCCUAAAUUCAAGUGUGGCAGCAACUACAACGACAUCCAGAAUGGCAGUCGUGGUGUCAUCAUGGUCAACAGCUCUGAACUUGUGCAUCUCAUAUCACGGCGACCCAAUGUGAGUGCAAUCGUGAACUCGUCCAUCGAAGCAAGUUCAAACUCGACAAACAACUCAAGCAAGCAUUCAGAGAGUGUUUGUGUGGUAGUGAUGUUCUUUGCCACAUCCUGCCGAUUUUCAGCAGCCACAGCUCCUCAUUAUAAUGCCUUUGGGAGAGCGAUGAGUGGGUUAGACGUCCUGGCAUUUGAUAUCAAUCAAGCAAAUGGGGUAAAUUCAAGGUAUGGGAUAGUAGCGGUCCCAAGCAUCAUAUUGUUCCACAAUGGCAAGCUAGCGGCAAGGUUUAAUGAGAGCCAAAGAACACUUGAGAGCAUGAUGAACUUUGUACACAACUUGACCGGUCUACCAGUGAACAACUCCGUACAAGUCUCAGAAGAAGACCAAGAAGGACCUGUUCCUACCACAGCAGUUAUAGGUCCAGAUUACUUCCUCUGGUUCUCAAACACAUUCUUGUUCCUGUGUGGACUGGGCUUGUUACAACAGAAAGUUGGAGCGGCGGUCAGAGCUAAGAUCACUGCAAUUCAGGAUUACAUCAUUCAGGUCUGGAGGACGGGUGAGUUCUACGAGCAGGUGGGUAUAGCAGACAACGACCAAGAGCCAAUGAACAAUGAUGCUGCUGAGAUUAGGUGAUGAAUGUCCUCAGUGCUCAGAGGACAGUUCAACCUGAGAGGAUGGCGUGGUUGAUAAAGAGGAGGUACCAGGGUACAAUGAUGCUUCUGAGAUCAGAUGAUGAGUGUCUUAAGUGCUCUAAGGACAGUUCAACCCGAGAUCUUUAGCCAUCAUUUUUGUCAACAGAAUGGGAAAGUUGGCAAAGAUGUACAUGUAGUGCCAGUGUAGAAUGACAUCUCUGAGAGUGGGUGAUGAAUGUCUUCAGUGCUAUGUGGACAUUUCAACCUGAGAUCCUUAGCCAUCAGACUUUGGAACAAGAUGGCAUAGCUGACAAAGAUGAAGUGCCAGUGUAGAAUGACAUUGCUGAGAGUGGGUGAUGAAUGUCUUCAGUGCUAUGUGGACAGUUCAACCUGAGAUCCUUAGCCAUCCAAUUUGUGAACAGGAUGGCAUAGUUGAAAAAGAUGAAGAGCCAGUGUAUUAUGAUGCUUCUGAGAUCAGAUGAUGAUCUCCUGAGUUUGUGAAGAUAUCAACUUUGGAUCCUUGCCCAUAUGCUUUUACAAGCAGACCGAGUGACACUGCUGAUAAUUCUAGCAAAUGAAAUAUGUUCCUUACAAAAUCCCAAACCUAUGACUAUUCUGUCCGUGGGACUAGUCAGCAUGGCCAUUUUGAAUUUAGGAGAAGUCCUUGUUUAGAUAUUCAAGUGCUUAGAAAUGGUGCAAAAUGUCAACAGCAAAAAAAGCUG